GUUUGCAAUACGCUUGCGCACAGCCGCCGGUCCUAUUCCUGGCAUGUAGCUUGUAAGAUGAGUAAAGAAGCAGGGGGAGAGAGAUACAUAGAGAGCGGCUCUGUCAUUGGAAAUAGCUCACUUUGACAGGAGCAAGCCAGAGAGUCAAGCCAGCAUCUAUGUCAGGGCUGCCUACCUGCAAGGUGUGCAGCAAAGAUGAUGACCAUGAACAGCAAGCAGACUUUCGCAAUGCACCCUGUUCUGCAAGACCCCAAGUACUCCAGCCUACACUCCAGUUCUGAUGCUAUGCGCAGAGUUUGCCUUCCAACCCCACAGCUCCAGGGCAAUAUAUUUGGAGGCUUUGAUGAGAGUCUGCUGGCCCGCGCUGAAGCUCUGGCGGCUGUUGACAUUGUCUCCCACGGCAAGAGUCAUCCUUUCAAACCAGACAUAACCUACCAUACGAUGAGCAGUGUCCCCUGCACAUCUACCUCCUCCGCCGUGCCCAUCUCUCACCCGUCUGCCUUGACCUCUCACCCGCACCAUUCGGUCCACCAAGGCCUGGAAGGAGACCUACUGGAUCACAUCUCUCCGACCUUGACAGUGAGCGCAAUGGGGGCACCUGAUCCGUCUGUAAUGUCCGCUCAAGUUCAUCAACAUCAUCUCCAGACCAUGGGCCACCUCCACCAGGCGAUGGGGAUCGGUCACCCCCAUUCACUCUCGUCUCAUAAUGGAGUGAGCUGCAUUAACGACGUCGAAUCCGAUCCUCGGGAGCUGGAAGCUUUUGCGGAGAGGUUCAAGCAAAGGCGUAUCAAACUCGGCGUGACCCAAGCCGAUGUAGGUUCGGCCCUGGCAAACCUGAAGAUCCCCGGGGUUGGAUCUCUCAGCCAGAGCACCAUCUGCAGAUUCGAGUCCUUAACCUUAUCACACAACAACAUGAUCGCUCUGAAGCCCGUCCUGCAAGCCUGGCUCGAAGAGGCUGAGGCGGCGUAUAGAGAGAAAAAUAGCAAACCGGAACUUUUUAAUGGCAGCGAGAGGAAAAGAAAACGGACGUCAAUCGCCGCCCCCGAGAAGCGCUCCUUGGAAGCGUAUUUCGCCAUCCAGCCCCGUCCGUCCUCGGAAAAAAUCGCCGCGAUCGCAGAAAAACUGGACCUCAAAAAAAAUGUCGUCAGAGUCUGGUUUUGUAAUCAAAGACAAAAACAAAAAAGAAUGAAAUACUCAGCAACUCACUAACGGGGAAUUAUCAGCCUGACUUUGUAUGAAUUCAGAACGUAUAGCAGGGAUCUUUAAACCUCUCCUAAGGACUUGCAAAGCCAUGGAAGGACUUUUUUUUUUCCUCGCUCACUUUUCUAAUGUAACCACACAUCAGUCAGUUUAAAAGGUUUGAGAUAUUUUGUAAAAUUGUAUCUGUACAGAAUUAUACAUUAUGUACAUACCUAAAUUAAUAUUCAUAUAUGUAUUGUGCACUCUGAAAGUAAAUUGCUUGUCACUUUGAAAAAAAAAAAGUUUGUUGCUGCAAUGUAUUUGACAGAUCGUGUCUGCAAUAAUAUGCAUUAGAGCCAAUGGACGGUGGAAAAUGAGAAGCCCCUUUAAAUAACUUCUGUGUUUGAAAAAGAAUUUGUUUCAGUCAAUGAAAAAGAAAUCCUUUCUGGAGACUCCACUUUUUUUUCACUCAUUGAAUGAGCACAUGUCUAAUAAACUGUAAACCCUUUGUAAGGGAAUGCGAUAACGAAGCCCUCCUUUUCGUGUUCAUUUCAGUUCUCACUGUUACUUAUAUUGCUUACAGAUAAUUCAAUGAAUAAAAUGCUUUGUUACCAAGCUGCCAUGUUAUUACAAGUUAUUAUCCCAAGAAGGGCAAGUAGACUUUGUUAAGGUUCGGAUUUAUUCACCUCAAAAUGUACAUAACACCAUUUUUUGGUCAAGGGUCUAUGUGUUGUUUCUGAAUACUUUAUAUUUGUUAAAAAUAAACAACGGUACCUCAGCAUACAGUUAGUUCCGCGUUUACCAUCUGUCUGUCCAUCUAUAUGCCCACUGUUCUCCUGCGUUUUAAUGGCGAGGGAGGCAGUGCAAUGUUACACUAUCCCAGUAUACACUCACAUUUAUCUGAAAUGGUUGGAGUUGCAGUCAGUUAAUAGAGUAUUCAUUUGGUCAUCAUUUUUAUUUUCCUUAAAUAUAUCGAGCAGUUUUAUUUAUGACAACUUUAAGUUUUCAAACAUUUGAAUAAAUAGCGCAUGCUGUAUAAAGAAGAGGCUGUCACAUUGUAACGGUUCUUUCAUUUCACAUUAUUAUUCUUUUUAAAGACUCAAGUGUGGCUCUGUU